UUGCGUUUGUACCCACAAAAAGGUUUUAAGGACAAAAUCGAUGGUAAUUCCAAAAAAUAAUAUGAGGGAAUACUGUUACUAAAAUAUAUUUUUUGUUAGAUUUAAAUUAAAAAAAUCAUUUUUAGUGAAGUAAAUUUUGAUGUUAAACUACAGAAAUAUUGGAAUCUCGUCAUCUUCUUUUCUGUAUUACUUUUAAAAAUCAUUAUUAAAUUUUGUGGGUGGCUAUUUUCGUGGAUUUUGUGGGUUUUUAUCCACAAGAAAAGAUAGAAUUCCUUUUUGUUUAAUCUUCACAGUCUGAAAUCCGCAGGUUCUUAUGCCAUUAAAAAGAAAUUGUGACAAAAGCCAGAAAAUUUCAUGAUCACAAAAUUAAAUUAAAUGAUUUCACAAUAUAUUUUCUGUGAUGUACAGUUUAAAAAGAUUUUUUUAGGUAAAACAAUAAUUUCCAGAUUCCCUCAGAUUUGAUAAGAAUUUUUUCUGUCAUGUUCCUAAUAUUCAAAAUGAUAUUUUUGAAUUAUUUCUUCAGCAGGGCAUGCCAGUUGCCAUUAGUAACAAAUUUUGUCAAAGUUGUUUGUAAAAUGCCAUUAUGGUGAUAAGAAAAGUGGACCCAAGAUUGACCCCUGGGGAGUCCACAUAUGGAGGUCAUCUAUCAGUUAGAAUGGAUCACAUGUCUCUACUGAUAUCUGUGGACAAAGACAGUGGUAGGUCUGAAAGUACUCAAAACAUUCCUCCAGGGUUCACUGACAUUCUUAGACACCAUAUCCUGCUUUUUCAAGAAAAGUCCAACAAAUUUUUUUUCUAGAAUUUUUAGUGGUUGCUGUAAUUGAAACCUGUGUCAGAAUUUUUAUCAUGGUCUUCACUGUUUUGAACAACAACACCUUACCUGAAAAAAAAAUGAAGUGAAUAUCAUUAGAGUACCUUGACUUCUCUGAAAAAAUACACACUUUGUAAAAAGUGAAAAUAUCAUUAAUUACUCUUGCCUAAAAUGAAUUGCAUAGUCACACCUUGGCUUAAAAAUAAAAUUGAUAUCACUUUGACAUAUUGUCUGAGAAAAAAAAAAAGCCAUGGUAAAAAGUUCUGUUUGCUAUCAUUAGGAUAUUAAGAAAAUGUUCAUAAUCCAAAUAAGAAGCCUUGACGUGUUUUAGAAAGUAUUCUCAAAAAAAAAAUCUUAUAAGUGGGUACUGAUUUUAAUAAUCAGGUGAUUUGAGCUAGCAACAAAUAAUUGUCACUGGGCCUAGCUUCAUCAAAGUGCUCGCAAAUUUAGACUUUUACCAUAUGGUGAACAGGGACUAUUUAAACAUUCCAAGUCCAAAAUAAGCCCAUUAUGUAACUUCGUUAAAUAAUAAAUACUUCGUCAUAAAUUGAAAGAGAGAAAUAAGAGGGGGGAACAGUUUCAGUUCAAAAUAAUAACUGUUUCAUUUCAUUGUAUUCAUUAAUGUAUACCUGGUGUACAAACAGCUGAUGCAACAAGAACUGAAUCUUAAAAUGAUCGUUUGAAUGGUUGCCAUAGUGUUAACUUUCUUUUCUUCAUUGUUUUAUUUGAAAAUAAGUCUUGUUUCCCUGUAAUAAAAGUAUAAGACAUUGUUUCCCUGUGCUAACCAUUAUCAUAGUAAAGGGAGACAAUCAGUUUAUGACUUUUAAAAUUCAAUGGUUCCAUUAACUUGCUUAUAAUGAAGUGUAAUAGAAUAACUUAUCUUAUUUAAUUCGGGAAAAGGGGUCUUUUAUUGGCCAUAAUAUAUAUACCAAAGAGGACACUGUUGUCUUUGAAAUUUUCUCCAAUAUUAUACACACAGUAAGAGAAAAGUUUCAGUGUAUGGGACAGUCUGAUUUUUGUCCAAUACCCCUUGCUGUGACACGAAAGGUAGCAGGGAAAUUCUUAGAGAGAAAAUAGCUAGUCCUGAGAUGAAAGAAAGAUAAGCUGUAGCCCAGCCUGUGGCUAAUAAACACUAGAGGAUGGCUCCUAUUGGACAGCAAGGACAGUGUUUGGAGAUGAUAAAUAAUUAACAUAUGACAUCUGUGGAUAUUAUCAGGCUUACUCUUCCUCUAUAUCCAUAGCACAUGUGGGACAGUUGGCUGUGUUUGAUUGAUUGGGGCAGGUUCCUGUGUGCUUGAUUGACAAACGUGCAAUGUAACUAUUUGUCAAAGGAACAAUUUUGGAUUAUUGGACCAGGUUUAUGAUAACUAACACUUGGCACACACAAAAAAAUCUUAAAAAUUUGUUAAUUAGGAACUGUUUAGAUAAUUUGUUAAUGAAGGUGAUUAAGUGGCAAGUUUUUAAUACAUAAGAGUAAGGGAGACAUUUUGCUACUGGAAAAAAAAAGGAGAGGGGGCUUAUCAUAAUUGGGUACGGAGUAUGAUUGAUGUCUUUAAAGAAUAAACAUAACCUGUAGUUUAUCAGCAUACCUGGCUUUAGACAAGUAAAUGUGUUUCUGAACUUUUCUCUCGGAAAAUAUACCGCCACCAAUGCCUGAGAAAACGUUUUCCAUGGAUGCUAUAUCUUGUAAAAAGGCAAUACGAUGCACGACACCUAGCUGUCUAUGCGAGUGUUUCCUGCCAUCCAAGGGCUGUCUACGCACGUGUGAAUCAUGCAAGCAUGGCUGGGUUGCCCAUGCUAUACAAUCAGAUGCAUAUGCUUUGGACAAACUUGGAUACCGCCAUGUGUUCAAUGUAGGCCUACAAGUGGAAAUCGUUCAACCAAAUAUUGUGUUCGACAUCGCUUCCCUUAUGCUAUAUGGUGCACAAGCCACACCCAUCCGGCUAAAAAUCCUGCUUGACCGGUUGUUCAGUGUUCUCCAGCACGAGGAGGUUCUUCAGGUGUUGCACGGGUUUGGAUGGACAUAUGAAGACUAUGCACGAGGAUAUAUUUUACAGGAGACUUCGGGUCGUGUGUUGGACAAGUGGAUUUGUGCGACAAGGGAAGAGGAGUUCAUCAUUAUGCAACAGUUUCUGAGAUUCGGGGAAACCAAAUCUAUAGCUCAGGAAAUAAUUCUGCAGGAUACGAAAGAGCGCCAAGAUAACUACAUCAAACAAACUACCAGAAAUGAAUCUGAGAUUAAAAAGUUUAUUGAACGAAGUAACCUGUCUAUGCAAAAUUUGAUUCGUCCUUUUGAUGUAAGGAAUCUGUUUGGUGCCCGGCUUCCAUUCAUUGGACCAGCAGGAAGCCGAUUGCUUAGCCCGCCGCUCCCAGGAUUUUCUACACCAUCAUCAAGUCCUAGAGAUCUUCGUCCCCCACUGAUCUCGGUAACCUCAACAAGUCCUAUAGCUACUUCACCGCUAGGCCGUCUUCAGACUAUGCAACCAUUUGAUUACAGACGCGAAUCUGCGAGUCCAGCUUCAGUAAGUCCUGGUGAAAAACAACAGUCAAGAUCUCCCAAGAGUGAUAGCCCACAAAAUUUAAGCAUAACAUCUGCACAGUCUACACCACCUCAUACGCCAUACACACCUCAUAAAAUGUCGGACAUAGAGUCUCCGUUAACACAUCAUCUGCCCAUCAUGCCACCGUCAGUCAGUAUGGGAGGUCCUGCUAUGGUCCUUCCUAUGCUUCAGAGACAUCACAAUGGUGACGAGGGUGUCAUUAACUUUUCUCUCAAAGAGGACCAAGACUCUUUAUAUAGUGACAGAAAAAAUAAACAUUUACGUAAAUCAUCUAAUCCAAUCAAAAGGAACUGGAUACCAGAUCCAAGCUUCGGAACAUCCAUGAUCGGACCAAACGGUAAAAAGCGUGUGCUCUGCUCCGCAUGUAAUAAGACAUUUUGUGAUAAAGGGGCUUUAAAGAUACACUACAGUGCUGUUCAUCUGAAAGAAAUGCACAAAUGUUCAGUAGAAGGCUGCACAAUGAUGUUCAGCUCUAGGCGCAGUCGUAACCGUCACAGUGCAAACCCGAACCCCAAACUUCAUAUGCCGCAGAAAAGACCAAAAAUACCAGAUGGUGCUAGACUUAUUGAUGAUGGAUCAAGUCAGUCACAAAAACGUCAACUCUCCACACCUCCAUCCAUGAUGAUCUCCCCUUCAGGGGUAUCGGGCAGUCCAGUCAGUUUAGCCGAAAGUCCAAAUCAGCGACCAUUCUAUGUUGAUCCCAAUAUUCAGAUGCCAGUAUUCCCCACUGCAGCGAAAAGACUUAAACUAGACAGCGAUGAUGAAGGGCCCAAAGAUCUAAGUCUGCCAUUAUUGAAAAGUGGACAGAAUUCACGAGAAACAAGUCCUGGAAAUGCCAGUCUGUCUCUUGUCCCUGAACAUAUGCUAGAAGAAUAUCAGAAUGCCAUGAAAGAGAGCUUAGAAGACGUAAAAGAAGCAGAAAUGAAUGAUAUGGUAUCUAACAAUUUAGCAGGACCUGCACGAUCACAAAGUAGACGAAAGAACAUCCCAAUUCGUUGUGCACAACCAUCAGACUCCUAUGUUGAAUCAGCGGACCAGAAGGAUCAACAGGGUACACUUGAUGAAAAUAAACAUAAUGAGAAUGAUUCCAAAGAAAUUGACCACAUCAAAGAAAAUCGGGUACCAAAUGAUAACGAAAAGGAACAGGGGGAACAUUAUAAUGAAGAUGAUAUUGACAGUAAUAGUUCUGAUGUUGAAGAUGCAUCAAUGGAUAAAAGUGAAAAUAAACUGAUUAUUGAUGAUAACUCUGAUGAUGAUGAUGAUGAAGACGAUGAUGAAGAUAUAAAUGGAAAAGAUACUGGUGAGGUAUUAGACUUUGCUAUGCAUAUGCCAGAAGGAAUGGACUCAGAACAGUUUUUAAAUGCAUCUGGACAAGAUUCAAACACGUCUAUGGGAUCAAAUGAUUCAGUAGAUAUGUCAAAAAGUAAUGGUGAAAUUAUGAGUGAAGGAGAAAUACCUAUUGACAAAGAGAAUCCAAAACAGUGUGUCUCUUGUGGUAAGACAUUUUUAAAUAUAUUUGGUUUAAAAAUACAUUACAAAAAUGUGCAUUUAAAAUUGAUGCACACAUGCACAGUUGAUGGCUGUAGUGCAUCGUUCCCUUCAAAGAGAAGUCGAGAUCGCCACAGUUCAAACCUGAACUUACAUCGCAAGUUAUUGUCUACAACGGAGGAACAAAUGUCAACUGAAGAUGCGGAUGACAAUCAGAAUUUUAGAGCCGACAUCAUUCAAAAACUUUAUGAAAAUCAGAACUGUAACCAAAAGGAGUUGAAAAAUCAAAGUUUAACAAAUGGUGAAAAUAAUCACAAUGACUAUGAUAUGAAGAAAAACGAUGUUGAAGUUAAAGUCUCAGAAGAAGAAAAUGGCAUUGAUGAUGAUGACGAAAGAACUAAUAAUGAAUCACAUGCUGAUAGUGAACAAGCUACAUGUAAUAUAUGUGACACGGACUUUGCUGAUGAAGAGACACUGCAAAAACAUAUUGACUUGAAACAUGCAAGUGAUAAUGUCUCUGCUGCAGCGAAAAGCUUAGAUAAAGUUUCUCCUACCACUAGAAAAAGCAGACGACAAAUGGGUCAUGAUGGCUUCCAUAAAGCUCUUGGCUCAAGUGACAAGGCUCUGAUAGUGUAAAGCAUACGUUAUUUUUAGUACAGAGUUUAUGCCUUGGCAUGGUACUGUCGUGAAGUCUUAAAUUUAAGUCUUAAGCCAUGGCAUUCACUGUGAAGGUUUAAAGCAAAAAAAGUGCUGUCUGUCUUCUAAUGUAAGUAGAUAGCACCUUUUUGCAUUACAACCCUGAAAUUUUGAUUUAAUUUUUAUUUCAUGAAUUUGAAUGAAUAUAUAUACAUUUUGUCAAAAAAUACUCCGGCAUAAAAAAAACUUUAGUGCAAAAAUAAUUUCAUUCUGUGAUGAAAAAAAGGCACAAACUUGAAAAUUUUGCUAUUUGAUGUAAUUUUUUAGCAUUAGUGGGCCAGUAUGUGCAAUGAAGUAAUAUUUGAUAUAUUUAGUACAUGUUGUAACAGUAUAUUAUCAACAUUUGUAGUAUUUUCUAUCUUUAGAAUAUCUUUUGAUGCUUAAGUAUUGUGAAUUUAUAUUUGUUGCUUGGUUACAUUAUAAAUGGAAAAAAAAACUGGACAUAAAAAUGCAUGAAUUUUCAACUAGUUUUUAACCAGCUAGUCAAAACAAUUAGCUGAAAGGUUAUAAAACUGAUUUUAGAAACCUUACCACUGGUCAGUUUUAAAACUGUGCUCAAAGUCAGCCUACCAGAUUUUAAGGAAUGAUUUUCUUAUUAAGCAGUAUAAUUGUGGACCAUUUUGUAAACAUUUUGGUGAGCUGUGUUCAGUGAUUAUGUCACUGCUUUUUUCUUGAUGUAUAAAAGUUUUAUAGAUUACAGUGAUAUUUAUGGUUCGGACUUAUUUAUACAAUUCACAGUUUCAGUUACUGUAUUUACCCAUCUAUAAGACUAUCUGUUUAUAAGACGGGGUACCUCAUUUACUUCAAAAUUGUCAGUAUUUUGCAGCCUGUUUUAUAAAUACCUUAGGUCAAGGACAUUUAUUAACUUAUUUGACAGGACAACACAUUAGAUCAAAUUUUUAAGGAAAAAAUCCUUGUCUUACAGGCAAGUUUAUACAGUGAGAGCUAUGCAAUACAGUAUAGAAGUUUUAUAUGUUAUGUGCUACAUACAUAUUACUAAUUAACACACGAAAUGUGCUAUUAUAAACAUGUGUAUUAUUAUGCAAUUUCAUUUUGUAACAGUAUUAUUUUACUGCCAGUAAUAAUUUUAUCACCUGAUUUACAAUUAUGCAAUUAACUCAGAAUGGAAGUUUGUGUUUUGGCGUCUUUAGGUAGACAAAUUUCAUACCCUUUCAAAUUAUGCAAGUUGUAUACAUUGUGUAUUAAUACUAUUUUGAAAUAAAAUCGUACCUAUUUCAAAGCUAAGAGAUCUAGUUUAACUUGUUUUGCUUUUUCUAUUUAUAAUAUAUAUAUUAUCACCCAUUGGAGCUACUGAUAAUCAUUUUUCAAAAAGUUGGCACUUAUUUGAUACUGGAGCCGAUGUUUUUAAAAACUUUUUUCAAUUUAGAUAACCAUCUGCAUGAAACAACUUCUACCUGAAUAAUAAUGCAUUUUUGUACCUCUGGAUUUAUUUUUUAAAAAUACAAUUGCAUUUAAUAAGGAUUUUCAAAAAUGUUGAACAUGUUAUUCAAUUAAUGUUUCCUGAAGUUAGUGAUAUUUAUAGGUAGUGGCCUGUAUUGACAGUCUGUAAUUUCUGUUUGAUUAGAUAUUCUUGUAUGCAUAGAUGUAACUUAUACGCACAAAAGACUUAUCCUUCAAGCUGAGGAAUGCUAUAAUUGUACAAAAAUACAUUAUCAAAUGGAAAUUACCAAUUUUCAUUAGGGGUCUGCUACAAAAAUGUACCUUAAAAAGUGCUCACCAUGUUUAUGCAGUCAGACAAAUUUUAUCAGCUCACGGGCUGUGUUCAAGUAAAGUAACGUGGAGUUUAGGCAGUAACGUGGAGUUAAGGCAGUAUAAUAUGCAGAUAUAUUAAUUUAUGUUUUUGUUAUGUAAGCUAUGCACAUAUUGUACAUGUUUGUUAUCAUUGUGUUUUCAACUAUGUAUUGUUUACUUUUAGUGCCAAAAGACUCAGGUUGAUAUUUUAAGUGUUGCAAUCUUGUCUCUGCAUUUUUUGUUGUGUACAUAGAGAUUUUGUUUAGAGCUCAAUAUUUUAUCAUUUAUAACAUUGCUGGAUAAAAAUGACUUUUUGAAUUUUUUCUUUCCCAGAUCAUUGUUUUUGGGAGUAAAUUUUUGAUAAAAGGAAUUUUGUUUAUGAAUUUCAGAAUGGAAAAGAAAUUUGGAAUGCAAGAAAUCUUCUUAGCUUUAGUAUGUUAUUACACCUUUAUUGAAUGAAUAUAACCAUUUUAAACAUUUGUAAAUAAUUUGCUAUGCAAAUGAAAAUUUAAAAAUCUUACAAACUGACCAUUGCCUAAGCAGUACAUUUGUAAUAUGUAAUUAUUUCACUAUUUUCAAGUCAAAAUAUGCAGUGUUCAUAAUAUUAUCUCAUGUAAAUAAGAUUGAGGUACAGAUAAAAGUUUUCAUUGAAAAUAUCCUAACCUGCAUUGUGACCUCCCCUUACAGUAGAAACAACUAGGGGAGGUAAUCUUUGCAGGGAGUUUGAAAAUAUCCAAAUCCUCCUUUACAGUAGAGACUGCUAUGUGAGGUAGUCACUACAGAGAGUUUGAAAAUAAUCAGAUCUUCCACAUAAUGAUAUCCCACUACAGUUGGUACUGCAAAGGGAAGUUAUCUGUGGCAAGAAAAAAUAUCCAAAUCUAUGCCCGCCCGCUAAGCUCAGUAAGGAGAGCGUUGGUCUACAGAUCGCGGUGUCGCGAGUUCGAUCCCCGGGCAGGGCGUAUGUUCUCCAUGAUGAUUUGAUAAAAGACAUUGUGUCUGAAAUCAUUUGUCCUCCACCUGUGAUAAUUCAUGUGGGGAAGUUGGCAGUUACUUGCGGAGAACUGGUUUGUACUGGUACAAAAUCCAGGAACACUGGUUAGGUUAACUGCCCGCCGUUACAUGACUGUUGAAAAACGGCGUUAAACCCAAAACAAACAAACAAAUCCACAUAGUGAUCUGCCCUUACAGCAGAUGAAACUGAACAGUUUAUUUCAGCGUUAAAGAAUUAUAUGGAAUCCAAGGGAACAAGCAGCUGGAAUGAUUUCUCUUAAUUGCCAAAUAGAUAAAUAUCAAACUGACUAAUCCUUUAUUAAGCAAAGCGAAAUUGUUUAAGUGCUUUUUGAUCUACAUUUAUAUAUAAUAAUUGAGCCGCACCAUGAGAAAACCAACAUAGUGCGUUUGCGAUCAGCAUGGAUCCUGCGCAUCCGCGCAGUCUGGUCAGGAUCCAUGCUGUUUGCUUUCAAAGCCUAUAGCAAUUAGAGUAACUGUUAGUGAACAGCAUGGAUCUUGACAGACUGUGCGGAUGCGUAGGUUGGUCUGGAUCCAUGCUGGUCGCAAACGCACUAUGUUGGUUUUCUCAUGGUGCGGCAAAUAUAUGCACUUAGACCACUUCUGAUCUGACCCCUCCUAAUGUUAUAUCCAACUUGUGUUUAAGUAUAUGUAAAUUUAAUAUGUCCUAGAAUGAUCUGGAUUAUUAUAAGGAAAUUUUAUUUGAAAACUUAGGUCUGUACCAAAGAAGUGUAAAUAGUAUAGCACUAUUUUGUAUUUAACGUUAAAAGCAUGCUAUGUAGUACUUUCAUACACGUUUUUUUAUUCUAUACAAAAGGUAAUGCACUCGGUGUAUUACAAAGAAUUCACUUUGUUUCUAUGCAAAUGUUUAAAGCGCUAAUUUCAUUGUAGAAGUACAAUAUGAAUAGCUGGCGUUCAUUAGACAUGUUUCAAUAUGCAUAUUACUAUAUACAUUAGUCUUAGUAAUUUCACUCGUAUUAAUAUGUAAUAGAUUUCAAAUUUUACAUACAUACACUGUCUUUUUUGCUGCAUUUGAGAAAAAUAUAUUUACAGUAAAUGAACAAAAAAAUGUAUGCAGUUUUUGAUAAAAUUUUGUUAAGAAUUUAUUUUUUCUUCAAAGGUUACUUUGUAUAUUUCUUAGUGGGAACUGUAAAAUAAAGCACAAGGUUAUUGUUAUUGUAAGCCAUGAGCUGUUAGCAUUAGUCAUGAAUUUAAAAUUGUAAGCUAUGGAUUACAAUUCUGAACCAUGAGUUAUUACUGUAAGGCAUGAAUUAAUAUUGUAAGUCAUGAGUUACAAAUGUAAGCAAUGAAUAACAAGUGUUGGCCAUAAAUUACAAAUAUAGUGUACCAUUAAGGCAUAUAAGAAUUUUUUUAUCAAGAAAAAAAUCUGGCUUAAAUAAGUGUGGAAAAAUGAGAAAUAUGUGGGAAUAAAUAAAAUAAACAAGUGAUGACUAUGCAAUAUUGAUACCGAGGAUUAUUGUGUUGGUGCGCCGUAAAACCCAGAUAAAUAAAUAAAUAAAUUUACAGGAACAGUUAUUACUACUUUUAAAUUCCUAGCAGGGAUGAUCAGUGAACCAUUUCUCGACUCAAAUGUUAUAUAACAUAUCUUAAAAAAAACCAGUGCAAUAAGUAGCCAACUUGCCAUCACAUUAUCCUAGUAUAUAUUCGAAUCACGGCUUUCGAUAUUUUCAUGAUUCAUGUACCAUUUGAAUUCUAAAUGUAUAUGUAAAACUUGUGAUUUAAUAUACGAUUUGAAAAUCAUUUAAUACACUUACUAAUCUAGCAGUGUUGUGUUCUUUAAUAGGAAGUUGCUAGGGAUCGGGUAACUGUUUUCUAUAUCAUUAUUCUGCCGAAACAUGGAACCGGAUCCUUAGCCAUUUCCUGAGAGAUCCGGUACCAGUUCUCUUGACCAUAAGUUGGCAGAACCUUCGAGAAUCUGAGCCCUUUCCUUAAUUAUACAGCAGGCGUUACAUUUAAAAGGUACCCUCUAGAUCAUCCUUCUGCAGAACGGUACCGGAUCUCUGGUCGUUUCUGUUGUAUACAUCAGACAUGACACUGGAAGGUGUAGUUAUAUUUUCGUCCAUGAUAUAUUUAUUCUAUUAAGUUUACAUGCAUGCCAGUUCAAAAUUUAUGUUGUAAAAUUGUAUAGAUGUUAUUACUGUAUCAACAAAAGAUCAGUUCUAGAAAAUUGUACAAUAUAUUAGAAUAAACAUUUUUAUGAAACAAUA